AAAACGCAUCAAAACUUAGCUUGCUGUUCUGACUGAAACACCUCCCAUGGUCUUGGUUUUUCAAGAUUUUGAUAAAUUUCUAUUCUUUUUGCCUAUAUUAGUAAUUUCCUUGUUUCUUUUUUGUGAGAGUGGGGAUUUAAAGUUGUUUUGCCACAUAAAAACUACAUCUAUUGCUCCAUAUGUCGUCAGUUGGAGGUGACACCUGCCCUGCAUGGCUUGCAGGAGAAGCCACCAGAGGGUGAUGUGGUGAUGCCACAUAGCGGGGGUUGCUGAAUGUACUGAGCAAUGGAGAAAGUGUUGAUCUUGUCUUUGAGUGUCUAGACCUGGACCUGAAGAAGUUCAUUAAUUCUUAUCCAGAGAUUGCAAAGGAUCCACAUAUGAUAAAAGUGGAGAUUUAUGCAUCAGAUUCUUCGCGGAGUCACCUAUUGCCAUGCUCAUGAAAUUCUACAUCGAGACUUGAAACCUCGGAAUCUUCUGAUAGAUCUCAAUAACAAAAUGGUGAAGCUUGGUGACUUUGGGUUGGCCAGGACAUUUGAUGUUCCUCUCGGGACCUAUACUGGCAAUGUGGGAACUCUACCAUACAGGGCACCAGAACUCCUGCUUGGUUUGAACUACUCAACCCCAGUUGAUGUGUGGUCGGUUGGUUGUAUAUUUGCCGAGAUGGUGACCCAGCAGCCUCUGUUCACUGGUACUUGCGAGGUGAACAUAUUGAUUGAAAUGUUUAGCAUGUUGGGUGUGCCAAAUGAGGCAACAUGGCCCGGAGUAACUUCAUUAUGUGGUUAUAUUUCUACAAUGACUGAGUUUCCCUCUCAUGUGAGAAGUCUUGCAGAAGUUGUCACUGGUCUUGAACCUGCUGGAUUUGAUCUUCUUUCUAAAAUGCUCUGCUUAAAUCCAAGUGGAAGAAUUACUGCUGAGGAUGCACUCAAGCAUUCGUACUUCGGCAAUGUUGCAGGUACAGGUGGUGAUCUACUCCUCAACUGAACAUUGCCUGAAACGCAAGGAAAAGAUUACAUUUUACAUGUCCCAUUCAUUUUUCACUGAUUUUGUAUUUUUAAUAAUGGAGGGGUAUAUGAAUAGUCUUGGACCAAAAAACAUAAUGUAGAUAUGGAAAACAAAAGGAUUGAUAAAACUGUCAAGAACUACAGGAUUUUCUAAAGGCAUAGCCAUUGUGGCGCGAUGGUGCAAAUUAGUAAUGGAAUCUCCAAGAAAGUCUAUGCUCUUCACUGUGGCCCUACAUUGGAUGAAUUCUUUCCAAAUGUUGAGAUAUGAUUGUCAACCUGACCUUUUUAUUUUUUUAAUUUAUGAAAAGUGUCCGUGUGAGGCAAUUUUGAU